CCAGAAACUGUUCCAUCAAGAAGACGGUUCCUCCUCCGUUGCCCUGACAACAGUGACGUCACGGCCCUACCUGGUCUACCUGUUCUCCAAAUUAGUUUCACUUUUACCAUCCUCGUGUCGCAGCUUGUUUUCUCCGUGUGAAGGUAAACGGUGUGUGUGAGCUGGUGUGAGUUCAGCAGCAUGGAUCAGUGUGAGGAUCCUCACAGCUCUCUGUGGGGGGAACAGAAGAACCAGAACAAAGCUGAGAGGAAAGAACCUGGAUCUGAACCAGAACCUGCACCAGAACCAGAACCUGAAACUGAUCCUGAUCCUGAUCCUGGAUCUGGACCUGGACCAGAACCUGCACCAGAACCAGAACCUGAACCUGAACCUGGACCUGCACCCAGCUGUGUGUCCUUUAAGAGCGAUGACUCAAAGGAUAUUUCAUUUGAAUUCAAAGGAGAACAACCUCGUGCUUCAAAGAGGAGAACAUCAAUCCCUCAGAGACCCAAACGUGGAUCUGAACCUGCACCCAGUUGUGUGUCCUUUAAGAGUGAUGACUCAAAGCAUAUUUUAGUUGAAUUCAAAGGAGAACAACGUUCCGCUGCAAAGAGGAGGAAGCUGGAAAAUCAAGACUCAUCUGAACCAGAACUGGACUCUGUGUCCAUGAAGACUGGCUACACUGGAAAACAUCCUGAUAAUUUAAGGAAAAGGCACCGUCCUGUGGAUGAAAGAGUGGAGCAGCAGAACUCAGAGGUUCCCAGAGCUCAGUCUGUCCAGCAGCAUCACCUGGACUCCAUAUUCAUGCUGCUGGAGGACAACAUGGUGACUUUUGUGAAGAAGGAGCUGAAGAAGAUGCAGAAGGUUGUGAGUCCAGAUUACCCAGAAUGCUCAGAGAGUCAGAGGGAGGAUGAGGAGGAGUUGGAGGGUGAUGAUGAAGAUCAGAGGAGCAGCAGAGAGAUGUUUCAGCAGAUCACAGUGUUGUUCCUGAGGAGGAUGAAGCAGGAGAAGCUGGCUGACUGUCUGCAGAGCAAAUUUGCUGCUGCAGUUUGUGGACGUAAACUUAAAUGUGGCCUGAAGAAGAAGUUCCAGAGAGUGUUUGAGGGCAUCGCUAAAGCAGGACAGUCGACCCUCCUGAAUGAGAUCUACACAGAGCUGUACAUCACAGAGGGAGGGACUGCAGAGGUCAAUGAUGAACAUGAGGUCAGACAGAUUGAAGCAGCAUCCAGGAAAGCAGACAGAGCAGAAACAAGCAUCAGACCAGAAGACAUCUUUAAAGGCUCACCUGGAAGAGAUGGAUCAAUCAGAACAGUGAUGACACAGGGAGUGGCUGGCAUCGGGAAAACAGUGUUAACACAGAAGUUGACUCUGGACUGGGCUGAAGACAAAAGCAACCAGGACAUCCACUUCAUGUUUCCAUUGACUUUCAGAGAACUGAAUGUGGUGAAAGAGAGAAAGUUCAGUUUGGUGGAACUUGUUCAUCACUUCUUCAGUGAAACCAAAGCAGCAGGAAUGUGCAAGUUUGAAGACUUCCAGGUUGUGUUGAUCUUUGACGGUCUGGAUGAGUGUCGCCUUCCUCUGGACUUCCACAACAAUGAGGUCCUGACUGAUGUUAGAGAGUCCACCUCAGUGGAUGUGCUGCUGACAAACCUGAUCAAGGGGAAUCUGCUUCCUUCUGCUCGCCUCUGGAUAACCACACGACCUGCAGCAGCCAAUCAGAUCCCUCCUGACUGUGUGGACAUGGUGACGGAGGUCAGAGGGUUCACCGACCCACAGAAGGAGGAGUACUUCAGGAAGAGAUCCAGAGAUGAGGAGCAGGCCAGCAGCAUCAUCUCCCACAUGAAGACAUCACGAAGCCUCCACAUCAUGUGCCACAUCCCAGUGUUCUGCUGGAUCACUGCUACAGUUCUGGAGGAGCUGCUGAGAACCAGAGAGGGAGGAGAUCUGCCCAGAACCCUGACUGAGAUGUUCAUCCACCACCUGGUGGUUCAGACCAAAGUCAAGAAGGUCAAGUAUGAUGGAGGAGCUGAGACAGAUCCACACUGGUGUCCAGACAGCAGGAGGAUGAUUGAGUCUCUGGGAAAACUGGCUUUUAAUCAGCUGCAGAAAGGAAACCUGAUCUUCUAUGAGUCCGACCUGACAGAGUGUGGCAUCGAUGUGGAAGCAGCCUCAAAGUACUCAGGAGUGUUCACACAGAUCUUUAAAGAGGAGAGUGGACUGUACCAGGACAAGGUGUUCUGCUUCGUCCAUCUGAGUGUUCAGGAGUUUCUGGCUGCAGUCUACAUGUUCCACUGUUACACCAACAGGAAGCAGGAGGUUCUGGAGGACUUUCUGGGAACAGACUGGGAAUACUGGAACAGAGACACUCUGGAUGUGUUCCUGAAGAGAGUCAUGGAGAAAUCCCUGAGAAGUAAAAAUGGUCACCUGGACCUGUUUGUUCGCUUCCUUCAUGGCCUCUGUCUGGAGUCCAAUCAGAGACUCUUAGGAGGUCUGCUGGGUCGGACAGAGAACCGUCCAGAAAUGAUCCAGAGACUCUUUGGAGGCCUGCUGGGUCAGACAGAGAACCGUCCAGGAAUGAUCCAGAGAGUCAUCAACAACCUGAAGGAGAUGAAGAGUGAUGAAAUGUCUCCAGACAGAAGCAUCAACAUCUUCCACUGUCUGAUGGAGAUGAAGGAUCUCUCAGUACAUCAGGAGAUCCAAGAGUUCCUGCAGUCAGAGAACAGAUCAGAGAAGUUCCUCUCUGAGAUCCACUGCUCAGCUCUGGCCUACAUGCUGCAGAUGUCAGAGGAGGUUCUGGAUGAGUUGGACCUGAAGAAGUACAGAACAUCAGAGGAGGGAAAACUGAGACUGAUUCCAGCUGUGAGGAACUGCAGAAAGUUCAGACUUUCUGACUGUAGACUCUCAGAGAGUCACUGUGAAGUUGUGGCCUCAGCUCUGAAGUCCAACCCCUCCCAUCUGAUAGAUCUGAACCUGAACUGGAACAACCUGCAGGAUUCAGGAGUGAAGCAUCUUUCUGCUGGACUGCAGAGUCCAAACUGUAAACUGGAGACUCUCAGCUUUUAUUCUUUAUUCAGAUUGAAGGACUGCAGGUUGUCAGAGAUCAGCUGUGAUUCUCUGGUCUCAGCUCUGAAGUCCAACCCCUCCCAUCUGGAACUUCUGGACCUGAGCAGGAACAUCCUGCAGGAUUCAGGAGUGAAACAUCUGAGUGGUUUUCUGGAGAGUCCAGACUGCAUCCUGAAGACUCUGAGAUUGGAGAACUGCAGUUUGUCAGAGAUCAGCUGUGAUUCUCUGGUCUCAGCUCUGAAGUCCAACCCCUCCCAUCUGGAACAUCUGGACCUGAGGUGGAACAACCUGCAGGAUUCAUCAGUGGAACAUCUGUUAGAUCUUGUGAAGAGUCCAGACUGCAUCCUGAAGACUCUGAGAUGGAGGUUCUGAUCAGGACGGUGUUUGUGCUGAGAGGAUGAAGUGUGUCCUGAUGAUCCAGAGGUUGAAGCAGCAGCAGCAGCAGCAGCAGCAGCUGGUGUGUAGAGACUCUGACUGGACCAUGUUACUGGGAGGUGGACUGGGAACCAGUAUGAAGUGUGUUGUUCCUGUACAGUUUAGUGUUGCAGCUCCACACUGUGAAUGAGGGAGAAGUUCAGUUAAUGUUGACUUGAUCUGUUGGAGGUUGAUGAUGUUCAGACUCAGAUGUUCUAACAUUAAUAUUCAGAUGAAAAUAAACAGACAUUCAGAGAUUUUUUACAGAUUUUGAAGAAGCAGCUGCAGCUCACUCAUUGACUUCUUCUAUAUUAUCUAAAUGUCUUCUUACCUGGACAGGUGUAAAAAAUGUGUGUCCACAUUUGACCUUCAGCUGCUCAAAUGAUUCUUUCGUCUUUGUUCAACUGUCUGAUAUUCUAAUAUUUCCAACGCGUGGAGGCUGUAAUUAUCACAAACACUUUAAUUAACCUUCUGAAGAUGACAGAAGGAAGUCACUGACAUGUUUUACUGGACAAGAAGUGAACUAUGUCCAGUUUAUUAGAGAAGUCAAUGAUAUAUGUAUUAAUGCAUAUUAAUGUCUCAGGAGUUGUUGAGAUCUUCAGCGGUGAAGCUCAGAGGAGUUCUUUACUGUGAUUUCUCUGUUGGUGGGAAUGUUGUUGCUUUUUAGAUCUGACUUUCCUUGUGUUGAGCCUCCGUUUCUUAACUUCCUGUUUGACAUCUAGACACAACAAAGACGUUGAACCAAGCUGGUAACGUGUCAAAGUGCCUGACAAAGGCUGAUAUUUUCCUGAACUGAGUGAAAAGGGAAAGUAAAUGAUGACAGAGAAUGAAACUGAUUGAGGCUCUGAGGUUCUUUGGUCCAUCACAGGACGUGAACUCUGGUCUUGUGGCUGAAAGUCCAGCUGAUGGUUUCCCUCCUAACUCAGACUUUAUCACUCUUUCUAACUGGCCACCUUUCCCAGCACGUCACAGCUCUCAGAUUCCAUUUAUUUCAGGACAAAAUCGUGCUUCUGUCAUAGCGUUUGUGAGGAUGCAGUUGUAGAGGAUGAUGAUUUUGAGGAGACGGGUUGUCUGGGUCAACUCUGGUAUCUGCAGCAUUACAACCAUCUUGUCUUUGGACUGUCCAACAUCAGCUCUGACUGUUGUAAAAUCUGUAAAAGUGGUUUCUGUGCAGCUGAAAGUAGACAGAGUGACGUGUUUCCAGAGGACAGUUGGACAGCCUGAACUCUGCUUCAGUUUCCACUCAGAUCUUCUUGUUUCCUGGAGCUCCACUGACACUCUUUGGAACUGACAGCAUCUAUCUGAACCUGCAUGUGAGGCGUUUAGGGAACUCUGGUAAAUGCAGGACCUCAUCACGUGCUGGGGCCACUUUGUCCAUGAUCUGCACCAGUGCUGCCAGUGGAAAAGUGAGCGUGGAGCCCAGUGGAUCCAGUGGAGGUGUUAGUGAAUAACCAGACUGAUCAAACACUCCAUCAGUCACUGGAAAUGAGGCAAAACUUUCCUGAGUUCAGUCUGGAUGCAGCUCAUCAUGAUGUUUCUGUUGGAUGUGACUCUGUUCAGUUCUGAUUAAUAUCUGAUCCGUACAUUGAGAUCAUACGUGAUGCACAGUUACAGUCUGAUUACCAACCACGCACCACCCUCAAGUUAAGGGGAAAGUUAAGGGAAACUUCACUUCCAGCUCUGAGCCUCAGAUUCUGUUUUUAUCCACAUUUUAAUAAAUUCAAACAAGGAACAUUUCACUGCUUUUUUCACGGAUCUAAAAAUCAUAAUCUUCCUUUUCUGCAUUUUGAGGAAUAGAAUAAAAGUUUCACAGAUUGGAAACUGUGUUUUAAAGACUAACAUCUUUAGGACAGUCUGGUGCAGAUUUGACCAGUUUAUACAUAAUGCUCUAUAUAUAGUCAUCAUUAUAUCCAUAAAUAAUAAUAAUAUCGUCUA